CUAAAUCGCAAUGCGCAAUAAAAACUCUGAAGAAUAAAAACAAUAAUACAAUGCGUUUGGAAGCAAGCUCGUGCGAGUAAGUAUGCUUCUCCACGGUGUAAUCGAGUUCCUUCAGAAGAUAAGAGCUGGACUAGGGUCCACUCGCGUCCAGAAGCUGAGGAUCACAGCCGUCGUGCUGAUCGUGUUCGCCCUCCUGGUAAAGUACCUCGUGGCACCGAGGACCACAAAAUUCGCCGUUAGGAGAAAGAUCGCUUUGAAGCCCGGCUGGCAGAUGCGCGGAAUCUGGGCCAAAUUUCCCUUCGCUAUGAUCGACCACUGCUAUCUGUUCAACGUGACGAAUCCCGAGGGGGUAGCCAACGGCGAGAAACCCGUCGUCAAGGAAGUCGGCCCCUUCAUUUACGAAAAGUGGCACGAAAAGACGAAUCUGCAGGAUCACGAGGAGGACGAAACUGUCUCAUACACCGCCAAGUACACGCAUUACUACGACAAGGAAAGAAGUGGAAGUUUGACCGGCGACGAGGAGAUAAUAUUUCCGAACUUGUUCGCCCUCAUUCUGAUUGAAAUCAAAAAUUGGGAAAGUCAAUGUGCUAUUGAGGAUUUUUGA